CGUCAACGGUAGACACAUCAUCGUGCCACUGACAGAUAGAGAACCAACAUCUUUCACUAUUUUCCCCAGAAAAUUGACAUUUUCCAGGAAAAUCUCUCCCUCUCUCUCGAUCCAGCAUCCAAGCAAGCCUCAUGCCGAUUUUUCGGCCUCUUUGGUUCGUCGUUUUGCUCUCAAUCGCGCUGUUCCUCCGUGAAUCUUCGGGCUCCUAUGCUGCUUCAGCUAGCUCCAUCAUCAAUCCCGCUAAAGUUAAACAGAUUUCAUGGAAGCCAAGAGCUUUCGUCUACGAAGGUUUCCUUACGGACCUAGAAUGCGACCACUUGAUCACUCUCGCAAAAUCGGAGCUGAAGAGAUCUGCCGUUGCAGAUAACAUGUCUGGAAAAAGCAAGCUGAGCGAAGUUCGCACGAGCUCCGGGAUGUUUAUUCGUAAGGCCAAGGAUCCUAUAAUUGCUGGUAUAGAGGACAAGUUAUCUACCUGGACAUUUCUUCCAAAAGAAAAUGGGGAAGACAUACAAGUAUUAAGAUAUGAGCCUGGGCAGAAAUAUGACCCGCACUAUGAUUACUUUGCCGACAAGAUCAAUAUAGCUCGGGGUGGACACCGAACUGCAACAGUACUUAUGUAUCUUACUGAUGUGGCCAAAGGUGGAGAAACAGUGUUCCCUGAGGCGGAGGAAUCUUCACGUCAUAGAGCUUCUGAAAUAAACAAUGAUCUCUCAGAGUGUGCAAAGAAAGGAAUUGCAGUGAAACCACGAAGAGGGGAUGCCCUUCUCUUUUUCAGUCUCCACCCAAAUGCGAUUCCAGAUACAGACAGUCUCCAUGCAGGUUGCCCAGUGAUUGAAGGUGAGAAAUGGUCAGCAACAAAGUGGAUUCAUGUAGACUCGUUUGACAAGAACUUGGCAGCUGGUGGAAACUGCACAGAUGUGAAUGAUAGCUGCGAGAGAUGGGCUGCCCUUGGAGAAUGCACCAAGAACAAGGAGUAUAUGGUCGGGUCUCCAGAGCUUCCUGGCUACUGUAGGAGAAGUUGUAAGGUGUGUUAGAAAUUUCACUUUUAUGUGCUUUCUUCACACAGAAUCUGUUGUAGGCUUCAUUCAGGAAAUUCUUGUUUUUAUUUUAUCGGUUGACCCUAAUAUAUUGUUGCAAUGGUUACACAGAAGCCUUGUAUUCUUUUUUUGAUAGCAAUCAUGUUUAUGUGAAAUAAUACUCCAAAUCAAAGACGUGAACACAAUUAAUAUAUUUUAGGUUUUAGUAGUAG